UGUAAUGCAAAGUAUUUACGUGAUUGCAUGGGGGAGUUAACGGAGGUUUUCCAUUGUUCCUCUUGAACCAAAACCCGCUAGACGCUCGACCGUGCAUCUAACGGGACAAUCAUUUGGACAUGGAUGGGACAUUGGCGCUUUUGGCGAGUUUUUUGUUUCUUCUUUCCCCCUGUGCGGAAGGAAGGGAGAGAGUUUACUAUGUGGGGAUCAUUGAGGACUUGUGGGAUUACGCACCAAGUGGGAAAAACCUGUUAAACGGGAAGGCAGUCACCGAUGAUGAGCAUGCAUCCGUCUUCCUGGAGAGUGGACCCCACCGUAUUGGCAGUGUGUACAAGAAGGCGAUGUUCAUGCAGUAUACAGAUGCCACAUACACGAGCAAGGCCCCACGACCUGCCUGGCUGGGCUUCCUAGGGCCCAUACUGCGUGCUGAGGUUGAUGAUGUCAUCGUCGUUCACCUAAAAAACUUUGCCUCCAGGAACUAUUCCAUGCAUCCCCAUGGAGUCUUCUAUGAGAAGGAUGCAGAGGGGGCACUGUAUCCGGAUGGGACAUCAGGCAGGUUGAAGCAAGAUGACGCCGUCCCUCCAGGAGGCAGCUACACCUACCGCUGGGAGGUCAGGCCCGAAUUUGCCGCCACAAAGGAUGAUGCCAACUGUCUGACAUGGGUCUACCACUCUCACCUUGAUGCCCCCAAGGAUAUUGCAUCUGGACUCAUUGGUGCACUGCUCACCUGUAAGAAAGGUAUCCUGAAGCAGAGUUCCACAACAGUCCAGGGCCAAGAAGCAGAGCGUAAUGAUGUGGACCAGGACGUAUUCCUGAUGUUCAACGUGGUGGACGAAGGCUUGAGUUGGUACCUGGAGGACAAUAUUCAGCGCUUCUGCAGUGAUCCAGCUGGAGUCAACAGAAAAGACCCUGACUUUGAGGAGUCAAACCUGAUGCACGCUAUUAAUGGCUACAUGUUUGGUAACCUGCCUGGAAUUGAGUUAUGUCAGAACCGUUCGGUAGCCUGGCACCUGUUUGGCAUGGGCAACGAGGUGGACAUUCACUCUGCCUACUUCCAAGGGAAUACAUUGUUGGACCGUGGCCACCGUACCGACGUUCUCAGCCUGUUCCCAGCCACUUUUGCAACAGCUGAGAUGGUCCCGAUGGCAGCAGGAAAGUGGCUGCUGAGCUGCCAGGUUAAUGACCACCUACAGGCUGGAAUGCAGGCCUUGUAUGAAGUGAAAUCCUGCAACCGUCAGGCCAGUCCUGCCAGUCUCGCCACAGCUGGAGGUGUUGUGAGGGAUUACUAUCUGGCAGCGCAGGUGGUUGAAUGGGACUAUGCCCCAUCAGGAAUGGAUCUUAUUAAUAACAUAUCUCUCACUGAGAGUGACAGUGCAUCAGAGGUGUUUUUUGGCAAAGAUCGAGGUCGGCUCGGGGGAAUCUACAAGAAAGUGAUGUAUAAGGAGUACACAGAUCACACGUUCACCACCAAAAAACAAACAACAUCUGAAUCACUACACUUAGGAAUCCUCGGUCCUGUCCUGAGGGCUGAGGAAGGAGACACACUCAGAGUGACAUUCAUGAAUAUGGCUAAUAGGAACUACAGUAUCCAGCCACAUGGCCUGCACUUUGACAAACGCUUCCAGGGAAGCAGCUAUGAAGAUGGUGCUGACAAGCCUGGUGCCCAUGUGCGUCCGGGGGAGACCUUCACCUACACUUGGCAGGUGCUAGAAGGUCCCUCUUCCUCAGAUUCUCCCUGCAUCCCGUACCUGUACUACUCUGCCAGUGAGCCCACCCAGGACACCAACUCUGGAUUAGUGGGACCCCUGCUGGUGUGCAAGAAAGGGACGCUUUGGAGUAACGGAACACAGAAAGGGGUGGACAAGGAGCGGUUCCUUCUGUUUUCUGUCAUGGAUGAGAAUGUGAGCUGGUAUUUGCAAGAAAAUAUCAAGUUGUUCGGCAGCAAUGAGACAAACCUAGAGGAUGAGGAGUUUGAGGAGAGCAAUAAGAUGCAUGCGGUGAAUGGGAAAAUGUAUGGGAACCUUCCUGGACUGGAUAUGUGUGCCGGGGACAAAGUUGUAUGGUAUACGUUUGGCCUGGGCACAGAGGUGGACAUCCAUGGUGUUUAUUUCGAGGGCAACACCUUCCAGAGGCAAAGCACGACCCGUGACACCAUCAGCCUUUUCCCACACACCACUGCUACAGUUGUGAUGCAGCCACGUACUGCUGGUGUGUAUGAAGUAAGCUGCAGAGUAACAGACCACUACUCAGCUGGGAUGAGGCAGCAGUAUCAUGUGAAUAGCUGCCCGGGGCGUGGUGUGACGCUCACACAAACACAGCCGUCAAAGGUUGUACAGUACUUUAUCAGUGCCGAGGAAAUAGAGUGGGACUACUCACCUGACAGAGCAUGGGAGCUGGAGAAGCACCACGCCACACCAGAAAACAGCCCAGGCAGUAUUUUUGUGGAGAGCGGGAAGAACAGAAUCGGCUCACGCUACAAGAAGGUGGUGUACAGAGAGUACACCGACGACACCUUCCAAACACAGAAGAAGCGACCGGCAAAUCAACAGCACCUGGGAAUUCUAGGUCCGAUAAUCAAAGCAGAGGUUGGAGAGCAGAUCCUGAUCACUUUCAAAAACAAAGCCAGCCGGCCGUACUCGAUUCAUGCACACGGAGUGAAGACCAGUGACACACACACGAAAGUCCAACCUGGCUACAUAACAGAGUUCAGGUGGGAUGUUCCUCACAGAUCCGGUCCAGGGGUCUCAGAUCCUAACUGCAUCUCCUACGCCUACUACUCCACUGUGGACUUCAUCAGGGAUCUGUAUAGCGGUCUUUUGGGGCCGUUGGUGGUGUGCAGGCCUGGGACGCUGCGCGGCGGUGAGGGUGCAGAUCGACAGAGGAGAGAUGUGGAGAAUGAGUUUGCUCUACUCUUCAUGGUGUACGAUGAGAACCAGUCCUGGUACCUGGACGAUAACAUCAGAAGGUACCUUGGUGUCGACCCGGACACCUUCACAGCAGGCGAAGAAUUUGAGGAGAGCAACCUAAUGCAUGGGAUAAAUGGUAAGCUGUAUGGUAACCUCCAUGGGCUGGAGAUGACGCAGGGCCAGAAAGUAGACUGGUAUCUACUGGGCAUGGGCAACGAAGUAGACAUGCACACUGUUCACUUCCACGCCGAGACUUUCACCUAUAAGACGGACCGUGUGCACCGUGCAGAUGUGUUUGAUCUCUUCCCCGGGACUUUCCAGACAGUGGAGAUGGUGGCUGGGAACCCUGGGACUUGGUUACUUCACUGCCAUGUGACUGACCACAUUCACGCUGGCAUGGAGACAGUAUUCACCAUCAGAGAAAAAUCUCCACAUGGACAUGCACCAAGGACUGGAGGCUCCAUAAGCACACUGUUACUCUCCCUAGCCCUUGGGCUUAUGUCAGUGCGUGUGCUGCACUAAUGAAGAAGCUCUACACUGUAGAGAAGAAGAGAAGACACUGCACUGUGAGUCUGCAACAAUGACAGUGACUGCACUUAAUUGAAAUCAAGGGACUCCAUCCCUGUCGAGUAUGCCGUUAAAAGAGAUUUUGUAAACAUUAUAGCAAUAAUGAUCAUGUCAGCGGGAAUAUACUCUUAUCAGUGGUUGUACAAUCAUGUAUAAAGUUGAAGGUUAUUUUUUUCUUACAACUUUGUAUAGUGGUGGAUGUUUUGUAUUGUUCUCUGGCAUAUUGCACUGUAAUUGAUUUGUUUCGGCAACUUUUGCAAAGCUCUACUGUACCAAAUGUUUUAAUGUGCAAUAAACACAUCUAUUCAA